GAAUCUCAAUUUUCAAGGCGCAAACCGAUAUCGCAAUAGAUGGCAUUCUCGUCGCGCGCCUACGCGGAACGGACGUCGUGUCGCCCGCCUCGCGAGUCAUACAUUCGUUUAUUACUUUUUAAUUCAUUUUUCUUAACGCAACGGUCGUGCAUAAACUCAAAAUUAAAUAUUGUCACUCUAUAAAAAUAGAUUCAACAUUUACAUUUUUCCUCAUUGAUAUCAAACAUGAUGCAGUGAUAACGGUAAUAGUGAUGUGAAUUGUGUUAUGUUUACGUUGCGAUGUAAAUUGUAAAGUGAGUGCACUAGUGUAAAGUUUGUUUACAAUGGGUUACACGUCGAGUGGUGCAGGUAGGGCGGCCCACGAGGCGCUGCUGGCUCGUCAGGACGCUGAGCUGCGUCUCAUGGAGACAAUGAAGCGUAGCUUGCAAGCAAAGAUGAAGAGCGAUAGGGAGUAUGCUCUUGCGCUCUCCGCCGCUGCUGCACAAGGACAAAAGAUGGAUAAAUGCGAGGAACUGAACGGUUCCUUGAUCGCAUCAGCAUGGCGAACCAUGACAGAAGAAUGGGAAAACACGAGCCGGUUAAUAAAAACCAACGCCGAAGCAUUGGAGUCCCGUGCCCUCGACCGCCUUAACACUCUGAUGACGGAACGGAGGAAAGCCCGGAAGGCCUACCAAGAAGACCACACAAAAAUAUCUUCACAGUUCACUCAGUUGAGUGAAGAAGUGCAGAGAAAACAAAGUGAAUACCAAAAGUGUCUCGAGUCUUACAAGCAGAUGAGAGCCAAGUUUGAAGAAAAUUAUCUUAAAUGUCCCACGAGUAGAGGAGGCCGCAAACUAGACGAAACCCGUGACAAGUACGGCAAAGCGUGUCGCCGCUUGCACCGAGCGCACAAUGAAUACGUGCUGCUGUUGGCCGAGGCGACCGAGUGCGAGCGCGCGUUGCGGACGGCGGCACUGCCCGCGUUGCUGGACCAGCAGCGGCGGCAAGGCGAGGCCACGGCCACCUCGUGGAAAGGGGUCCUUUUGGAGGUUGUUCAGAGAUCGGACUUCAGCACAGACAAAUUUAAGGAGAUUCAAAGCAAAACUGAGACUACAGUUCAAAAUCUUAGGCCACAAGAAGAAUACAAAGAGUUUAUGGAAAAAUAUAAAUCACCCCCCUCCACUCCAGUGAUAUUUGCAUUUGACGAGAGUCUAGUAGAAGAUACAAGCGGGAAGCUCCAACCAAACCAGUUAACAGUUGACAACUUAACAGUAGAAUGGCUGAAGGAAAAGCUCACGGAAUUGGAGUCAGUCUUGCAAGACAAUAGGGAGAAGCAGACAGCUCUACAGGGUCCGGAGAUCAUUGGGAACGGCGUUUGUAAGAACAAUAAUAGCAUGACUAAUGGAGUUAAUGGGAUUGAUAGGCAUUCCCCACCGCCCAUACCAGUAACAACAUCAGAACCAAUCAAGCUACUAGAGCUACGGAUAGCUGAGAGGAAAUGCGCCAAACAGGCUGAGAUGAUCCGGUCAGCACUUGCUGAACUCGGCUGCGAAGAGGCUCCCAGCGGCUGUCCAGAUCUCUCCGCUGAGACUGUAGGAGUUGACAGUCUGGAUGGAUCCACUGUGGACCAUCAGGACCGUUCGUCCAUCGCGUCCAAAGCGUCCCUAGACGCGCUGCGGCUGCACCUCCACUCCAUAGUCCCCCCGAAGCCGUUCCUUCGGCUCUUCACACGGCCCUUUCGUCGCAAGUCUGCUCCAGCUAGUCCAGCCCUACCGCCCAAAACGUACAGGAGCAGUAGCGAAGGCCCCGACCCGGUGAGUGCAAGCGAGACGGAGCGCUCGCUGGUGGACCAGGAGUGGUUCCACGGGGUGCUGCCGCGGGAGGAGGUGGUGCGGCUGCUCAGGAGCGAUGGAGACUAUCUAGUGCGGGAGACCACGAGGAAUCACGCGAGACAACUGGUGCUGUCUGUUUGUUGGGGACAACAUAAGCAUUUCAUUGUGCAGACUACGCCAGAGGGCCACUACCGCUUCGAGGGUGCUGCGUUUCCCUCAGUCGCUGAGCUGGUGGCGUGGCAGAGGGCCAGUGGGGUGCCCGUGACCGCACGCUCCGGAGCCCUACUGCGGCGGGCAGUGCCGCGGGAGACCUGGGAACUGAAUAAUGACCACGUGCAGCUGUUGGAUAAGAUUGGCCGGGGUAACUUCGGCGACGUGUACAAAGCCCGUCUCAUCACCACGGGCCAGGAGGUGGCGGUGAAGACCUGCCGAGUGGCUCUACCAGAGGAACAGAAACGCACCUUCUUGCAAGAAGGUCGUAUUCUCAAGCAGUACCAACAUCCGAACAUUGUGCGGCUUAUUGGGAUAGCGGUGCAGAAACAGCCAAUUAUGAUCGUUAUGGAACUUGUGUCAGGUGGUUCUCUGCUCACGUUCCUACGAACCCGAGCCCAGUCGCUCAGCAGCCGCUCCCUACUAUGCAUGUGUCGUGAUGCUGCAGCCGGUAUGCGAUACCUUGAGUCCAAGAGCUGCAUACAUCGAGAUCUGGCUGCUAGGAACUGUUUAGUUGGAGAUGAUAAUAUUGUGAAGAUUUCUGACUUCGGCAUGUCAAGGGAAGAGGAGGAGUAUAUCGUGUCGGGAGGCAUGAAGCAGAUACCUAUUAAGUGGACUGCGCCAGAAGCUCUCAAUUUUGGUAAAUACACAUCGCUGUGUGACGUGUGGAGCUACGGCGUGCUGGUGUGGGAGAUAUUCUCGAAGGGCGACACUCCGUACGCGGGCAUGAGCAACUCCAGGGCUAGGGAGAAAAUUGAUCAAGGUUACCGCAUGCCAGCGCCAGAAGGGUGUCCCGAAGAAGUGUAUGCGCUCAUGCUGCGCUGCUGGGAGUACGAGCCCGACAAGCGGCCUCACUUCAACCAGAUAUACACAAUCAUUGACAACAUUUAUAACAGAUAAUAUAAAUUUGUUUAGUGAUCAGCUGUCAAAUGUCAACGUCAUUGACAACAUUUACAAUAGAUCAAGUAGAUAAUGUAAAUUUGAUUAAUGAUCCGAUGCAUGGUAAAAUAAUCUAGUAUAACAUCAUUGAUUUACUAUGUACUACGUGCUAGAGAGGACAUCGCUACUACACUAUUUGUAAC